AUGAGGAGUGGGGAUCUCUGCUCCAGUCCAUUCUCUGACUUCAGGCAACCCCUCCUUCAGUGCCUCCAAGCAGGACACCCGGAGGCUCCCGCAGAAACUGUCUCUUGCCCACCAACUCCAGAAAAGCUUUUAUGUGGUCUUCCUGAACCCUGCCUGGGCCACUUGGGACUGCAGAACCAAACAGAGAGGCUCCAGGCAAGGCAGGGCGUGCAGGAGAGCCCAGAGCAGCCCAGAAGUCCUGCUAUGCCCCUUCUCUCCCCAGGCCAGCCCCACCCGACUCCCGAGGCCCCUGCAGAGGAGGUGGUGUCUGUCCAGGGAGUGCGAGGUGGCUCCGUGGAGCUGGCCUGUGGCUCUGGGCCUGCCCCACUGCUGGUCCUCUGGAGCUUCACCCCGCUGGGCUCCCUGGUUCCCCGGCCUGUGGCCGUCACCGAUGGAGCCAUGUCCAAAGUGGAAGCCAUCGCCUCGGCUCUGGGAGUCGUGAGUCUGAGGAACGGCAGCUUGGUGCUGGGGGAACUUCGAGAGGGUGCCCGCGGCCACUUCCUAUGCCAGGUUCUGCACGUGGCUGGCGGCCAGCUCCACACUGCCUACUCCCACGUCACGCUGGCCGUGCUGGGUGAGGCCUGGCCCCGGCUGCAGCCGGUCCGCGGGCUGCUUUGGAUGUCUCUGCAUGUGUGCUGCCCAUUCCCUGUGUGUGGGGGGGGUCCAGGUUCUAAAGGGCGCCCCACUCCAGGGACUGAGGAAAGCCGGGUGCCGGUGUCUAAGCCUCAAGUGCGACUGAGUAACCCGUCCCCUGUGGAGGGAGCCUCCGUGGUGGCCACGUGUGCAGUGCGGGAGGGCACAGAGCCUGUGACCUUUGCCUGGCAGCAUCAGGCAUCCCAAGGCCUUGGAGAGGCCCUGGUGGGGGUCACUGAGCCACUAUUCCGGCUGGACCCGGUCAACCGGACGCACCUAGGCUGGUACAUGUGCAGUGCUCGCAACUCCGUGAACAGGCUGAGCAGUGACGGGGCCUUCCUGGACGUCAUUUAUGGUCCUGACAAGCCUGUGAUCACCGUGGAGCCACUGGGACUCGCUGAGGAGGGCUUCUGGGCCAGUGAGAGGGAAGAGGUGACCCUGAGUUGCCUGGCUGCCUCCAACCCGCCUAGUCACUAUGUGUGGCUCCGUGACCACACGCAAGUCCACACGGGGCCUACCUACAUCAUCGCCAGAGCGGGCCGUGUCCACACGGGUCUGUACACCUGCCUGGCCCACAACAGCUACCUGGACUCCCGCACCCAGACUACUGUCCAGCUCACCAUCUACUAUCCCCCUGAGGGACAGCCCUCCUGUGCAGUGCAUCCCAGCCCCGGGGCUGUGACUCUGCUCUGCGCCUGGCCUGGGGGGCUUCCGCCUGCCCAGCUGCAGUGGGAAGGACCCCAGGGACCUGGCCCUACUGCCCCCAGCAACGUCACCUGGAGUCAUGCAGCCACCCAGCUCUCCAGUGGCAGCAUCUUCACCUGCACUGGCCAGCACCCAGCCCUGGCACCGCCUGCCCUCUGCACAGUCACGCUCUGGGAGCCUCUCGGGAGGCCCACCUGCUGGAGCACAGCCACAAUGGGGCACCAGUUCAUCAUGCUGAGCUGUGAGUGGCCUGGCGGCAAGCCCCCCGCCACGCUGAGCUGGCUUGACGAACAGCAGCAGCCCCUGGGCAGUAGCAGCUCCUCGAUGGCCGUUCACCUCCUGCAGGCCCAGGAAGAUCUGGCUGGCAGAGAGUUCACCUGCCGGGGCACUCACCUGCUCAGGACCCCUGACCCCCACUGCCACCUCCAGCUGGAAGCCCCACAGCUGGACGUGGCUGAGCCCCGCGUGUCAGUGUUGGAGGGGGGAGAGGCCUGGCUGGAGUGCUCGCUCCGCGGGGGCACACCACCUGCCCAGCUCCUCUGGCUGGGGCCUCAACAACAGCAGGUGGACCAUGGCACUUCAGGAUUCAUGCUGCACCCUGAGGGUGCCCAGCUGCGCCUGGGCAUCUACGAUGCUGACCCGGCACACCACAGGGGCACCUACCAAUGCGUGGCCCGCAACGCCGUGGGUAACAGCAGUCGGAGCGUGCUGCUGGAGGUCCUGAGAUAUCCAGCUCCUCCCAACGUCACCAUCAGCCGCCUGACCUACGGGAGGCACCGGAGAGAGGUGCAGCUUCAAUGGGCCAUCGCAGGCCCCGGGAACCUGACGGGCUUCCUGGUGCAGCGGAAGGCCAGUGCCCUGGGCCCAGGAGCUGGGGCAUGGGAGACGGCAGCUAGUGACAUCGAGCCAGAGAGCCGAGGCCGGCGGCUGGGAGGCUUGGACCCCGGGGUCCUUUAUGCCUUCCGCAUCCUGGCUCUGAAUCACCACACUGCAGGACAUCCCUCUGAGGUGAAGAUACCAGUGGACCCCCCCUUCAGUGCCUACCCAGCGGUGUUGGGUGCAGCAGGCACAGGAAUGGUGGUGGCAACGGUGGCCUCUCUACUGGUGUUCCAGUAUGCUGCCCGGCACCCAGAGACUUUCCCCUGUGGAGGUGGCAGACGGGUGCAUCAAGGGGAGAAAUGUGGACUCCUGGAAGACGAAGUCAUAAGCAGAGCUCUGCCCACAGAGGCCAGAGGGCAGCUUCUUCAGCUGCGGAGCUGGAGCCUCGGAGGAAUUGCACAGCAGGGACAGAUCACAGCAUACGGUACGGGACUGGUUCUAUCCAAAGAGUGA